CGAUAGAAUGUUCUUUCUUAAUGGAUAAUAAUGGAAUGGUAACCGCACCUGCGCAUCAGUGAAGGAUGAUAAAUGAAGAUAGAGUAGGUCAGCCCAGACAAAUUUAACAAUGAACAAAUUACAGUGGUUUCCAGUGGGAACCGCGAGGAGAUAUAACUGAAAGGAUAUAAAGUUAGUAAUAGGAUUGCUAAUUCCCAUUACUGACAAUCCCUUCACCCCACUGACAGGAUGUUGGAGAUAGAGGGAUCCAUUUCUGUCAUGGGACGGCCACAUAGUUCAUAUAACGAAUAAUACGUAGUCCUGCUGUAUGUGUGAGAUAUGAGCAGUACCAUGGACAUAACAGAGUACACUGUUUCGCCCAUGGGUUGGCAUUCCUGAAGACUCAGGUAUUAUUCCUCUAUACUCUGUAAAUUUAUUGAAAUUUCAUUUUUUUUUAAUGUUUAUACUGUUUCUUAAGAAAUAGAACAUAAAAAAUAUUAACAAUGACAUUUAUAUUGAAAUUUUCUAACACGUCGUCAAAAGCAAUGUACUCUAUCAGGUGGAUCUCCACGCGGUUCCCUUCGGAAAUCAUCGCGAUUAAAUUACUGUUGAAUUCAUCAUUGUGGGCUAACUGACGAGCUUUCAUGGCGUGUUAGCCAUUCCAUUAUCAUCCCAUACCUAUCUCACUUUAAUGUAGAAUAAAAUUAUCUAAUGGCACUGACCUAUGUUCAAUUAGUUAAAAUUGUUUUAUGUUUAGUCAGAGGUGACGAGCUGGCCUAUAAUAAAUAUCACUGCACAGUUAGACAACGAGCCAUUUGAUAAAAUGUUCACCAUGAAAACAUUUAGCGUUAGUUCAUUACUGUUAGUUUUUAUUAUGGUUUUAAAUCAGUCCACUACAGCUUUGUUUUUGAGACCAUUGUCCACAGAAUUAAAUGGUGUUAAGAAAGCGACCCGUUGGAAUCUGCCGUGGCUAGGAGUGGGCAUGUGGUGUAACGGCUGCCCCCCGAGAAGCUGUGAGGACGACGAAGCCAUCAUACACGGGUACUGCUGUGGAUGUGCUUAUACUUUAGACAAAUUGCCGGUGAUGUGUCCAGAAUUUCUACAAUGCCCACUAAAUCUGCACGGACUCUGUCACGACUAUGAAUAUAUGAUGAGAUGUUGUUGCUGAUCUAAUAACAAGUUUAUAAUAUUAAUAAAAUUAUUAAAUCACAAAAAACUUAUUAAUUUGAUAAAAAAUUUGCUCCGACCUAGAUGUGGUAGUCAGAGACAUUGUUGUGAGAGUAACUGGAUAUAUUAAGUCACAUUUUUUUAUACUUCUCUAUAACCUGCUAAAUUUCAUAACGAAAAAGAAACAUAUUUUCACAUUAAUUAAAUAUUGUACUAAAGAUGUAAUUAUAAUAUUAUUGUUUGAGCUUCAUCGAACGGCAACACUGAGAACUGUCGGGCGGUUUCGACUUAAGUCGACUCUGUAGGCCUACCAUGAAAUGAUUUCCGAAAUUUCGGGGACGAACGAGUUUCGGUACGAACAAAAACACGAAAUUGAGCCCGAAAAUUCGGAAGUUCAUUUCAUGGUAGACCACCUGUUCGCCAUUUCAUGUGACGCCACCGACUAUAUCUUACGCGUGCCUUUAUUUUAUAUUGUUUAAUGUUCAAUUAACUACAAUGAGAAUUAUAACAGUUUUACAGUCCACUGUUUUAUCAUUAAACCAUCUUCCUUUAUUAGUAAAGGCCUAAACAAUUGGUCCUUCUAGCCGGGUAUAUACACUUAUAGUAUUUAUAUAAAUUGUAACAAUGAUAAGGCUUGAAAUAAAACAUCUUUGUAUAGCA